CCAAAAAUACUCGACCCUAAAACAACAAACCCUAGAAAAAGUCUCUCUUAACUGUUCUGCGAGAGAAGAAAAAAGAGACAAAGAAGAGAGUGUUUUAGCUCAAAUAUUCCCCUUUCACUUUCCGAGAGAAAGAGAAGGAGGGGAAAUCGACCAAAAGAGAAGAAAAUGGACGCAAUGAGGAAACAGCUCGAUGUGCUUAUGGGAGCUAAUCGAAAUGGCGACGUAAGGGAAGUAAAUCGCAAGUACUACGAUCGCGAUGUUUGCCGUCUCUUUUUGUCCGGCCUUUGCCCUCACGAGCUCUUCCAAUUAACGAAAAUGGAUAUGGGGCCAUGCCCAAAGGUCCACUCUUUGCAGCUGAGGAAAGAAUAUGAAGAAGCCAAGGCAAAAGGUGUUGAUAACUAUGACAGAGAAUUGGAAGAUGCCAUUGAUAGACUCAUUGUUGAGUGUGAUAGGAAAAUUGGCAGAGCUCUAAAGCGUCUUGAAGAUGAGGAUGCCAAAGCUGCUAUUGCUAUAUCAGUUUCUGAUGUUACACAGACGCCUGAAGUACUUGAGCUGUCAAAGCAAAUAAAGGAGAAACUGAAAGAAGCUGAUCAACAUGAUCUUGAAGGCAAGACAGAUCUUAAGAUUCGAGCUCUGGAAGAAGUAGAAGAACUUAGAACCAAAAGAGCAGACAAGCAGUCCAUGCUGCUUUUGGAUGCAUUCAACAAAGAUAGAGCAUCGCUGCCUCAACCCCUCCCAAAUCCACCAGCAUUGGCACCUCUACCUGUACCUGCACCUGAUCCCCGUACGCAGGAGAUGAUCAAUGAGAAGCUAAAGAAAGCAGAAGAUCUUGGUGAGAAAGGAAUGGUGGAUGAAGCACAAAAAGCAUUGGAAGAGGCUGAAGCGCUUAAGAAGCUACCUGCCAGACAAGAGCCUGUUCUGGAUUCCUCGAAGUACACAGCUGCUGAUGUCCGCAUCACUGAUCAAAAGCUUCGUGUUUGUGACAUUUGUGGAGCAUUUUUGAGUGUUUAUGACAGUGACCGACGUUUAGCAGAUCAUUUUGGAGGCAAACUUCAUUUAGGCUAUAUGCAAAUCCGGGAUAAACUAGCUGAGCUUCAGGAAGAAAGAAACAAGAGCCGCAAACUUGAUCGGCAUGAUGACAGAAGAUCAAAGGAACAAAGUAGGGAUUGUGACACAGAAUCUAGUCGGGAUCAUGACCGAGGAGAUAGCCGUGACCGAGGGAGGGAUUAUGAUCGUAGGAGCAGGGACCGGGACAGGUAUUAUGAUCGAGAUCGUGGAUAUGAUCGGGAUCGUGAGAGAGAUUACGAGCGCUCACGCAGUUAUGAUUCAAGAAGUCGUCGCAGGUCACGUUCUCGGUCUAAGGAACGUUCUAGGGAUUAUGAUCGCCACAGGCGUGAUCGAUACUAGAUGGUUGUUGCUAUCAAGUGGAUGGAUAUGAAAUCAGUGUUGUUUAGGUCAGUGGUGAAAUCAUGUAGGGAUUAAUAUUUAAUUGUGUGAUUGUACUGAUGCUUUUUGCGGAGUUUGGCAGUUUCUUCUUUUUUGCUGGAUGUAUCAACUGCUUCGUUUCUUGACUAAAAUUUUUAAGAGGUAUGUGUCACUUUUAUGUUAAAAAAAUUACUUUUACUGAUUACUGCUGUGAAUUUUCUGAAGAGCUUUUCCAAACUGCUCUUUAUGCCCA